UUAUUACUUAUUGUCUUUGCUUACUAAAUUAUACCAGUACCUUGUCUCUGUUAUACUUCCUUUUCCUUGUGGCAUGGUGUCGGCAUAAGAGGCAUCAAGAUGCAGAUUUUCGUCAAGACCCUCACGGGCAAGACCAUCACUCUUGAGGUCGAGCCGUCUGAUACCAUCGAAAAUGUGAAGGCUAAAAUUCAAGACAAAGAGGGAAUCCCUCCCGACCAGCAGAGGUUAAUCUUCGCUGGUAAGCAGCUUGAAGAUGGACGUACACUGUCCGACUACAACAUCCAGAAGGAAUCGACCCUCCACUUGGUGCUCCGUCUCCGUGGUGGAGCAAAGAAACGCAAGAAGAAGAAUUACUCCACACCCAAGAAGAUCAAGCACAAGAAGAAGAAGGUCAAGCUAGCGGUGCUCAGGUUUUACAAGGUUGAUGAGAACGGUAAAAUCCACCGUCUCAGGCGUGAAUGUACCGGAGAGCAAUGCGGUGCCGGAGUGUUCAUGGCGGUCAUGGAGGACCGCCACUACUGCGGCAAGUGCCACUCAACCAUGGUGUUUAAAGACGAUGACAAAUGAACACCACACACUCCAUAGGUUUAAGUGUAUAAAAAUACGCUCCGACUGCUGUGUAUGAUGGAUUUUUAAAUAAAUCUUGACACAGUGUCAGAGUAA